UGUCUCGUAGUCUUUAGUUACUUUUAAAAUAAUAUUAAAAUUUUUUUUUUGAUAUUUUCAUUAAAUUUUAAAUUUCAAAAAGCUUCAAAAGGUAGGCCAUAAUUAUGAGAAGUCAGUAUGCAGAAUUUUAAAGAUUUAUUUUUUGAUACCUUGUAAAAAAUUUCAUUCAUAAUUUCUGUAGCUAUAAAAAACUAUUCAGCUCAAUGAGACUAGAGCUUCUUAGAGCAAUUAACCCGUUUAAAGAAUAACUGCUCAAACAUAUUAAAAAAUUUUCUUAGUACUUUUGGACCUCUCAUCACGUUCCUUAUAAUGCCUUUGUCUAUACGAUCUCAUUAUUUUUGUGGGUGGUUUAAUUUCUUUUCUUUAUACCAUACCACUAUCACCUUUUUUUCUCUGAGUUGUUUUACUCCUUUUUAUUCUUUCCUCCUUUUUAAUUUCACAUCUGGUCGUUUUUAUUACCUUUUUUCUUUGUUUUCAAGAAUCUGAGAUACAUGAUAUGUGAAAAACAAUUCACGCAGUCAAUUAAAUUCUUGUGACACGUUCACCGUUCACGUCCCGGUCGUCCCGUUAAUAAUUAUGCAUUUCGGGAAAAAAAAGUUUUUUUCCCAUCAAGAAAAAAUUUGAAAUAAUAAUUUAAUAAACGCAAGGUAUCAUAGGAUUCUUUAACAUACAUAUAUAUGUAAAAACUGUAAAGGAAAG